AGUAACCCACACCGUGUUUUGGACGCGGACGAGGACUGUCGACUCCGCCGUGACGACUGUCUAAAAAGGAAGGAGAGAGAGAGAGAGAGAGAGAGCGAACUCCAAAAUCGCACCAAUCCGUCGCGCCCCCAAUUUCCUCUCGCUUGUCUGAUCCGAGUCAACAGAGUUAAAGGGAUAGCGGAGGUUGAAGCCAGGAAAUUUAUCUUCUAUCUUGUUUCCAUUGGAAGUUCUAGAUGGCAGAGAAAGCGUGUGUAAAGCGCCUUCAAAAGGAAUACAGAGCCCUUUGUAAAGAACCUGUUCCCCAUAUCACUUCCCGGCCUUCCCCAAACGACAUUCUCGAGUGGCAUUACGUACUAGAGGGAAGUGAAGGAACACCUUUUGCAGGUGGAUAUUACUAUGGGAAGAUCAAAUUCCCUCCAGAGUAUCCUUUUAAACCUCCAGGAAUCACCAUGACCACUCCAAAUGGACGGUUUAUUACACAAAAGAAAAUCUGCCUUUCUAUGAGUGAUUUUCAUCCGGAAAGUUGGAAUCCGAUGUGGUCUGUAUCGAGCAUACUUACAGGCCUUCUUUCAUUCAUGAUGGACAACAGUCCUACGACCGGCAGUGUUACAACUACUUUGGCUGAGAAGCAACGACUGGCGAAGUCUAGUCUUGCUUUCAAUUGUAGGAACCCAACAUUUAGGAAAAUGUUCCCAGAGUAUGUGGAGAAGUACGAACAGCAGCAGCUAUCUAAUCAGCUUGUUCCCGAGCAAGUGUCACAAGUCCCUACUCAGCAAGAAAACUCCACACCUCUGUUAGAUAAAAAAGGUGAAUCUAAACAAGAGGACCAGAAUAAGGUUGAAGCCCCAAGGGAUCUCAAAAACCGAGUGAAGAAAUCUAUCCCAACCUGGAUGCUGUUGUUACUGGUUUCCAUCUUUGGUGCUGUUAUGGCAUUGCCAUUGCUUCAACUUCGACAUUGAGACGUCAAGGAGCAGAUGAUCUUAUUAGGGGACAGUGAACAUGCUGCUUCUUCUGGAACAUCAAUGGACUCCUGUUUAAGUCCAUAAUAUGUUAGGUUUUUCGUGUAUCUAACUGAACUUGUAUAGGGUAUGUAAAUGGAAGAGGAAUACUCUCAGCUGAUAUGGUUUCUCUUUUUAUUUUGCUGCUGGCAUAUGGUUUGUCAAACAUUUGGAGUAUGCAUGCUUGUGAUGUUGUUUCUCCACAUCACAUAAAUUCAGGUUUAUGAAGGCUAGGUCAUUACCUCAA